UUCGAUUACAUCAAAGAACUCACACUGGGGAGAAAUCACAUAAAUGUAUGGAAUGUGGAAGAAGCUUCAGUUGCAGUGAUAAACUUAGGUCACAUGAAAGAACUCACACUGGGGAGAAGCCAUAUAACUGCAUGGAGUGUGGAAAGAGCUUUAGUUCCAAUUCGGCACGUAGGUCACAUGAAAGAAUUCACACUGGGGAGAAACCGCAUAAAUGUUUGGAAUGUGGAAAGAGCUUUAGUCAGAGUUCUCAUCUUAGGUCACAUGAAAGAACUCACACUGGGGAGAAACCACAUAAGUGCAUGGAAUGUGGAAAGAGCUUUAGUCGCAGUGAUGUCCUUAGAUUACAUGAAAGAAUUCACACUGGAGAGAAACCACAUAAAUGUAUGGAAUGUGGAAAGAGUUUUAGUUACAGUGGUGAUCUUAAGAAACAUGAAAGAACUCACAGUGGGGAGAAACCUUAUAAAUGCAUAGAAUGUGGAAAGAGCUUUACUUACAGUGGUAACUUUAGGCAACAUCAAAGGACUCACACUGGGGACAAACCAUAAAAAUGCAUGGAAUGUGUAAAGAGCGUUAUUCAGAGCUUCUGCUAAGUUAAGAAGGCAUAAGGAGCUCAUUCAGUUUUGUGUUGGUUUCCAGUGGAAAGACUAUGCAACCAAAUGUUGAUGUAAUGCAAAACAGAGAAAAGAGAAAGAUUGAGUGCAUUUUGAAAUGCCACUUGUGAUGUAUUUUACUACUAUCAUUAACAGCGAGAUACAAUAAAAUAGACGUGGAAACUUGUGCUAAAUAAAUGAGAAUAAGCAUAUAUUAUAAAACGGAAGCUUUUACAAAAUUAGUGUAAAAAGAAAAGAAUGAAUGUUAUAACGCUAACUGAUGAAAGAAAAGCCAGUAGUAAAGAGAGAGAAGCUGUCAAUUGUUUUAUAAGUCGUUACCUUCAUGAAUAAUAAUAGUAAUUGAAUUUUAAAGAGGAUACCAAU